UGCAGUCUAUGUUAAAAAAUGACAAACCAAGUCGUACUUUAAAAAUUCAUAACUUUAAAACUACAACAGCUAAAAAUAUGAUUUUGGUGUUAUAAUUAUGUUUAAAAUUAGCUCUAUUCAACUGUGCCAUUGGUUUAUUUUUAAAAAAUGUUUACAUUUUUGACCAAAGUAUCUAGUAGAAGUGAUCUGAAACUGAAGUGUUCAUUGUUAAAAGUUAGUUUAGUUAGUUAGCCUGCCUUAACUUUAGGCUUUCAUUUUAAUAUAAAAUAUUAAAAUUGUAUUUUUGACUAUGAACUAAAAAAAAGUAUAAGAAAGUUCAGUCUAGAAAGUAAGUAGUUGUAGCCUAGCUAGUACUAUACUAUAGUAUUAGUAGUAGGAAAAGGCCUACUUAACUCAUAAAUAUAAAUUAUAUAGACAGUCUAACUCUCUAGGUCUAAGUCUCUACUGCUCCUAAUUCCUAUUAAUAGUAAUAGUAUAGCCUAAUUUGAACAACUUUAAUAGGCUAAGUUGGAAAAAGUUGGAAAGUCUUCUAAGUGGAAUAUCUAAAAAUGUUACAAAUACAAGUAAAGUAAUAGACCUAAAAGUAAUUAAGUAAAAGUUGAGAGAAUGAGAAGGCCCAGGUCUAGUAAGCAGGCCCUAAUUUAGUACAUUUACAUUCUGUGCGCCAAUCAUUUCCCACAGUAAUAAUCCAAGUUAUAAACAUAAUUAUAAUACAUAUAAAUAUAAUUUAUAAGGGUGAGAAUGCCACACAAUCCUGCACAAAAACAAGUGGCACACUAAAUGGAAAUUAGCCACUGAAUUAAAUUAUUCAACAUAGGAAUAAGGCCUAACUCAGAUGUCACAAUGACACAAUGUUUAGUCUUAGUCUCAGCUUUCUGAGAUAAACUUUUAUUUUUAAAUUGGUUAAAUGGUCUCUGAUAUAUAGUAUAGUAAGGAGAACUGGUUGUUACCCACCCCCCCUCCCAUGGAGGAAUGUGAAAACAUUCUUAAUUCCUUCAUUUUAAAAUAUCCUCUUAAAGGUGGAGACAUGUAAUUAAAUCAAAUUAAAGAGCAUAAAAUCCCCUUUCCAGCAAGACAUAGCAUAACUUGUAAUUUACGAGGUUUCCCAAGAAAUUAUUUAUUGAAAAUGUACAAGAACAACAGAAGUCAUCUCUUAGUCAAAUGACAAUCUCUCUUUCACCUGAACCUAGCAUAGAGGGAAGCGAUGCAGUUUUUUUUUCCCAUAUUCUACUACUACUUUUGCUUUGACUUGUGACAUUCAUUUGACUACAGAUAUAUUAGAGAUAUUCAAGUUAAAUUCUAGAGAUAAUAGAGAUAUUUAAGUUGCACACACACUGCAACAACCUGGUUAAGGUUAAUAAUUGUAAAUGACAUAGACAUAAUAUUGCAUACUAAUACAUAUUGUAUAAAUCCUUCAUUUUUAAACUUCACAGCCUUCUUUAAAAUGCCCGGAAUAGAUGAUACUAUAAUUUCAAAAUCAGAAACUUCUUUCCAAUAUGAAAAAGAUCUCCUCACCCUUCCUGUUCCAGACUUGUCUAAUACUUUAAGGAAAUAUUUAGAAUCAGGUAAAGUAUUACAGACACAAACAAAUUUCAUUUAUUUUUUAUGAUUGUUUUAGACCAGGGUUCCUUAAACCUUUUCGUACUCAUGUACAACUUUGAGAUGUUGUUUACUUCCGUGGCCCACAUAUCUGCUAUAAAAUUUUUUUCAAAAUCAUCUUUUUACUAUCAUAAAAUCUUUUAGUUAAAAUAUGUAUUGUAAAUAUGCAGGAUAUGAACCAUUAAAAAACAUUACUUCACAUAUAAUUAUUCUAUCCUGUUAUUAGUAUAGGGUGACCAAACGUCCCGUACAAACGGGAUUAUCCCGUUUUUUCACAAUCGUACCUGUUGUCCCGAAAAAGUCUUUCGGGACGCCUAAAUGUCCCGUUUUUUAAACCAAACAUAUUUUCUAAUCAUUAAAACUUCCUAAUUUAUAAUAUAACUUCAAGCAAUAUUUUGGCUAGCUGUGUAGCCAGUGUCAGUAGUGAUGUGGGCUCACGAGAUGGCUGCACUGUUCCCCCCUCCACCACAGUGUCCCUGCCAUAGAUCUCAUAUGUAAAUGUAUAGCAAAAGAUACGAGACUAGAAGCCGGGGGGGGGGGGGGGGUGAACUUCGCAGAAACCAAUUUUGAUUCGGCUACAGCUACGUGUAAUGUGUCAGUCUUAUGUGUGAUCCCUGCCGGCCUGUUCAUGUCAGAGUGACAGGUGUUUGUUUUAUGUGUUUAUUCUUUAUUCUUUAAUUUUAUAUUAUUUUCUCAUGUAGACAAUAAUUAUGCCCAAGCGUCAAUGUAAGUUUAUGGAGGAGUAUUCCAAAGAAGGGAACUAUAUUAAAAAGGGACGCUAUGACAGUGAAGCCGAGUGCACAGUUUGUAAUACUGUUUUUAGUAUUGGUCAUGGUGAACAUUCAGACAUGAAAAACACAUCACAUCAGUGAAACAUAUGACAUAGGAAAAGAUUGAGUGCCUCAAGUAGAUUUCUAGGUUAGAUUUCAUAGUUAAAAUGAGCAUAUUUCAAUAAAGUUUCGAAAGUCCCGUUUUUUCCAGUUCAUGAUUUGGUCAGCCUAUAUUAGUACUAAUAAUUUUUAGAUUUAAAUAAUAUUUCAAUUUAAGCUAAAAUUUAGAUCCUGGUGGAGGAUGAAAAUGAACAUGUUUUUGAAUGGAUAACUCAACUAAAACCAGAUUCCAUUAAAAUAUGAAGUAGGAAAUGCCAUAAAUUUCUUUUUUUGCCUUUUCCCCAAAGCAGGCGAAACUUGUAAGCAAUUUCAGUGGAUAUCCAGAAAUUAUGCUACUUGGUUUCAAAUCUAGCUUGAUUUGUUAUAUUUAAGAAAUGUUGUGUUUUAAAUGUAUAAUUUAAUUUGUUAUUGAUAAAUAUAAAUUUUAUAAUGUCACUACUAUUGGUAAUAAAAUAAGAUCAAUAAAAGUUAGAAAGUUAGUUCCACUAAUAUGGUUGAAGUGAAUUUUCUUGGCCCACUGAGAAUUCUCUUUGCUUCUCAAUGUUAGUUGUUGUUUUUUUUUGUGGCUCCAAGAAUUACGCAUUGAGAACCACUAUUCUAGACAAAACUAUAUAUAAGAAAAUGAAAUUAAGUAUAUAUAAAUAAAUUAAUAUUAAAAAGGAUAUACAUAACUGAUUUUGGUUUAUUUUGUAGCACAAUGUGUACUAUAUAUUAAAAGUAUUUUACUAUUUGUUUUUUUUAUUUCACCAAAUAUUAAGUUCGUGAAUUGGUAACAGAAGAAGAGUUUCAAAAGACAGAAUUUAUUGUACAGAAAUUUGCCUUAGGGGAAGGCAAAUACCUGCAUGAGAGGCUCAAAGAAAAAUCAAAGAAUAAGAGAAAUUGGGUAAUUAAAAAAUACAUGUCCUAAACAUAAUUACUUCUGAUGCAUUUGCAUAUAUAUUUUGUCUUACAGUUAUUAUUUAUAAAAAGUGAGAAUAGGUAAAGAAGGAAUAUGUAAUCAUACAAGCAAUAUUAGUGUUCAGAGCACAUACUGUACUCUCAUUUUCUUCUGCCCUCUUUACUGUCUUCAAAACCUUACAAUUUUACAAUGCUUAAUUCAGAAUAUUAUUUUAAAGAAUGAUGUAAACAAUCUAUAUUUAACUCUCAGUUUCUUUUCUAAAUAAAAGUCAAUGAAAUUCUGUGAUCAUCUGAUUAAAUUUCAGCUUUUACUUGUUCAACUCUUUAGCCAUGGAUAAAUAGACUUACAUAAAUUAUCAAGUGGUAUUGAAUCUAUAAAUAUUAUUUUAAAAUAAAAUCUCAACCUUUAAUUUUAAAAAAUUGUAACAUUAAUAUUUUCAUAGGUUCAUGAGGCACAAAAGAAAUUGAAGUUACUGGUAUUAGAUAGUUUUUGCUGUUUCUAUUUAAAAAAAAUAUUUACAUAAAACCUAUGAAAAUAAAUAUUUAAUCGAAAUUGUGUAGAAAAUCAGGAUGGGGAUAAGAGAGUUGUUAAUCAAAUAGACGGGGCAGGUUUAAGCUUAUGCCACCAAUUGUACUAUAGUGGGUAGAGGGCCAAAAUUUAAAAAAAUCAUGUGACUUCCAGGUGAAACACUUUUCUAUCCACCAACAAUUGUUUGACAAGUACCGGUAGUAAAUUUUUACUUAAUUGCUACAACUACAAUUAUGCAAAACAUCCUUAAAAAAAAUAUUUUGAUGAGACAUAUUUUUACUAAAGUUAAAAUAUUCUCUUAAAUUGUCAUGAUUAUAUCAUUUUCAUAAUCUUUUUAGCUCGAGGAAUGGUGGGAAGAUGUUGCUUAUUUGGAAUUAAGACUACAGAGACCUUUGAUGAAUAUGGGGGGCCCAGCCCCAUAUUCUGAUGAUGUAUGGCCACCAAUGCCAGGGUCACAGAUUCCUCGGACAGCUCUGUCUAUGUACUAUAUUCUCAAGUUUUGGCAACUCAUUAGAAAGUAAGCUCUGAUUUAUUUACAGCCCACUAUCUUUUGGCUGAAUACUUCAAUUAACUAAAAUCCACAUGAAAAAUUAGAUUUAUUUAGACAUUGUUAUUUUCUCAGGUUGUGAAAUGUCACAGGGCAUUACGUAAUGUUAUUAUUUUUAUUUUACAAUAUUUUCAUUUAACAAUGUAUUUUAGCAUACAUCCAAAUAUUCCAUUAGGCCAGUCUCUCAACUGUUGUUCUGUUAAUAAAUUUCUCCCAUUAAAUAACGAACCCUAUUAAUUAAUGAAUUUAAGUAUGCUAUUGUAAAAAAUGAAAAUGCCUUAUUAUUUUGUUCAUUUAAACAAUUUCUCCAAUGCCACUUCAGACAACAACAUAAGCCAGUAAAGGAUGGUAAAGGGAGACCUCAAUGCAUGUAUCAGUUUAAAAGAAUUUUCAAUACAUCUGCAGUUCCUGGUGUUAAAAAAGACAAACUGAUCCAUUACUUCAAAACUGGUAAAUAUAUGAAAGUUUAUUUAAUGUCCUGAUUCAUAUUGGUUUCUUGCAUCAAAUUCAUUUACACAUGCUUACAUUGUAAACACUUGUAACUGAAAACAAGGUCUUUUCCCAAGAGCAUUGUAAACUUCAAUCCAUAAACAUAUAUAUUAGGUUUUACAAAGAAUCAAACACAUUUAAGUGCAUCCUGCUAUAAGUAGAAGAAUAUAGUACAGCCUUCUACCACCAUGCUCGGACACCAGUUGCCAAAUGAACAGCACAUACACAAAAGACAGACCAUCAACACUACUCAUAGCUACAAUAAAAUUAUGUUAUAAUAUUCACAAGCCGAAUGAGACAAAAGUGUUCCUUAACUAUACCAACAUACAAGACACACUGCAUACAAGUAAACACAAUAUUUGGUGCACAACAAUUACUAGUGAGUAUCCAAACAGGAAAAGAGUCUUUUUUAUAUCUUUAUAUAUCAUUUUGCAAAUAUUUUGUGUGUGCUACAAAACUUGUGAAUUCAAAGAAAAACUCCACUCAGUCCCUAAGCAGCUUGGCCUUAAUGUCUUAUGAGUUUGGAUUACUAGGUGUGUCAGGGGGUCAUCUUGCUCUAGUUGUAUCUCUUGUUUUGUGAUUUUUGAUACAUAGACCUCUUUGGCUUUUUGCUUGUCUCCAUACAGAAUCCCAUAGUGUUGCAGCAAUCACUUCAGAAUGUCAGCUUUAACAGUUAGUAAAGCUGAACCAUCAAAUGAUUGCUUGAUGGGUUUAAUUCUGAUAAGAUAGGCCAAAGAUAGUGCACACAAUUUUAAUGUUGGUGAUAAUUAUUCUUUUGUUAUUAUCCGAUCAUCUCUCAUUUAGCUCUCCACCAUUGGAAUUAAAUGAUUUUCAUAAUGAUUAAAUUUCAUAUAGAUAAUAUACAUACAUAAACAGAUAGUGUGCAUAAUGAUAUUUGAGGCCUCAAGAAAUACAAAGUUAAGUGGCCGCCUGAGUGUUUUACAUUGUUCAUGGGCUUUACUUUAUGACUGAAAAUUUUAAUAACAAUGACUAAAUCCUCCUACCUGUUUACAUUUUAUUUGCUUAUCAUUCCGACAGAGGAUGAAGGAGACUGUCCAUCACAUCUGAUCAUUAUAUCAAAGGGACACAUUUUUAGCAUUGAUGUAGUUGAUGGAAACGGAGAGAUCCUGACUCCCCCAGAGUUGCAAUCCUUGUUGCAACAAAUUAAAGAUCGCAGCCUUGAAUUAGGUGCCAGUCAUGGCCUAACUUACUUGACUGCAGAAGAAAGAACAAAAUGGGCACAGGUAUAGUGCUGGAAAACUAGUGUUCAAUGAAUUUGGAAUUAUCUUCUCUAGAAAUUGCAAUGUUUAAAUUUCACAAUUGAUCACUAAUGAUACCAUAUUAUGUUUUAUCUUCUGAAAGGCUAGAAGUAGAUUGGUUGCUCUCAACCCCAAAAAUUAUGAAAAUCUGGAAAAAAUUCAAAGCUCAAUCAUGGCAUUCUGGCUUGAGGAUGGUGAUGCUGGGGAUAUGAGUGAUGUAAGUCCAUCAAAGUAAUUGAAUUAAUUUAAAUAAAACCAUUUAUAUUAAAUAUAUUAUAUGUUUUUUAAUUGUUUAUUUAUAAAACGCUUUCCUAGUGGCAUAACCCUUUUUUUUUUUUUUUUAAAAUGGUCCAUAACUAUUUAGCACUUAAGAGCUUAUACAAGGCUAUUGUUCGAAACAAUCCCAGUAGGAAUACAUGUAGGGCUUUGAUCUGCCUCAGCUCUUCCUUCCAUUCAGACCUAUCUAAUACGUUUCUUUUCUAAGCUUGGAUUCCCAGCUGCUGUAGAUCUUUUCCAAAAUCAUCCAUCCAUCUAAGCCUAGCAUCGCUCUAGGUCUGCUUUUGAGCCAUUUUCCUCUGGGGUUUUAGUGAUGUAACCUCUUCACUCCUCUGUCAUUUGGCAUUCUUUCUAAGUGACUUGUCCACAUAGCCUGCCCUUUUUUAUUUUUCUACUACUAGUGUGGCACCCUGAAAUAGUCUAUACAAUUCCUGGUUGGUUAGUAUUCUCCAUCCAAAUUCAUCCUUUGUUGAUCCAUAUAUUUUCCUGAGAACUUUUCCCUCCCAUGAGUUCAAUUGGUUUUCUGUUGUUUUUUUUAGGGUCCAAGUUUCAUUUGCAUAUGUUAUAACUGUUACAGUUUUAUAUAUAGUUAAGUGUUCGCCAUAUUUAUGUUAUUGCCAGAAGUUUCCAGGCAAACACUUCAGUUUUUUAAAUACUUUCUGUUUCUUGUUAUUUUUUUAUUUGUCCUGUCUGCUGAAGAAGGCUCUUAGCUGAAAUCCAUCUUUCUAUUUCUAGCUUCCAUUUGCCUUGAUCUUCUACCUCCUUGUCUUAAGCCUCAUCUAAUCUGAAAUUCCCAAUAAUAUUCACCCUGAUCCUUGCUUUUUGCUUUUUGAGUUGUUUACUGUUAUAUGUUUCAGUCUUGUCAGUUUGUUGGGUAUGCCUAACUCCUACAGAGUCUCAUAUAGAUAUAUUCUUUUGAUCCUGUCAUAAGCCAUUUUAUAGUCCACAUAGCGUUGAUGUACUGGGAUUUUAUAUUCUUAACAUUUCUCAUAUAGGCAUCUGAUCGUUGGUGAAAAUCUGAUAAAUCAUUUAUAUGUUUUUUCUGAAUCCAUGUUGGUAGUCACCUAGUAUUUGUUCAGUGUACGGUUGUAGUCCUUUGGCAAUUAGUUUAGUCAGCAUUUUGUAUGUAACAUUUAAUAGGGAAAUUCCUCUGAAAGUGUGUGAGUUGAAGUUUUGAACCUUUCUUGUGUAUUGGGGUUAUUAGUGGUGUUUCCCAUUCUGUUAAAAUUUUCUCUUCUUGCCAAAUUUUAGUUACGGUAUAAAUUUAUGUGUCUGAGUGUGUAGUUCUCUUCCUCCAUUAAUAACUUCUGCUGUCAUUAGGUCUUCUCCAGGGGCUUUGUUGAUCAUCUUCAUCUUGGCCAUUUUCUGCAUUUAGUAUGCCCUCAGAAUGUUUAGCCCACCUCUGCAGUUCUUUACUAUUUUAAGUACUUAAUUCUCCAUCUUUGCUCUCACACAUUUGAGGUCUGGCUUGGUAUCCAUCCUUUCCGCCUUUUAUCUUCAUGUACAUUACUAUGAUAAUUUCUCCCUCUUGAUAAGGCUUCUAUUUCUUUUAGUUUAGCUUUUUCCCAAUUCAUUUUUUUUUCUUCUCUCACAUUUUCAUGGCUUUCUUUCUUGCUUCAUUGUAUAUUUGUCCUAUAUUUCUGGUUUCUCUUUGUAUCAUGGUCAUUCGUGCCUUAUUCCUCUCUUCGACAUUCUCUCUGCAUUCAUUAUCAAACUUUGCUGUUAGAUUGCUGAAAUCCUACUACUUUUGCUGCUGAUGCUUUUAAUAGCAUAGCUGAGUGAUUCCCUCUGGUGAUCCCCAAGUUUAUUUUUUUUGUGUGGAAACUUGGUGCUACUAUCUGUCAUCCAUUUUCCUGAAGCAAAGUCUAUGAGUCGGAUUCCAUUGUCAUUGCAUUCUUCAUGUGGACUCUCCUUCCCAAUUGUUGCCAUUAGGUUUUUUCUUUCCCAAUUUUGGCAUUAAAGUCGCCAAUCACUAUUUUUAUAUCAUGUCUUAAUGCCUCAUCAUAGAUCUUUUCCAGUGUCUGUAAAAGCAUUCUUUUAUCUUAUCUUCUGUUUCUUCAGUGGGAGCAUGAACAUUUAUAAAUGUUAUUUUAAACAUUUUCCUGUGCACAUGCAAAGAGCACAUCUUUCAUUCUCUGGUUUAAAACCUAUGACUGCUUCGAGGGCUUCUUUCUUCACAGCAAAUCCUGUUCCAGGAGUGUUAGUGUUGUUACCACUAUAAAAUAUGGUGAAGUCUUUUUUCCUGAGGACGUCUGCAUUUUCCCCCCAUCGUAUUUCUUGCAAUUCAGCAAUAUAGAUUUUAUAUUUAGUUAGUCGAUGUUUUAGGAUGGCUACAGCUCCUGCUCUUAACAGACUUAUUACAUUCCAAGUCGUAAUCCAAAAAUCAUGUCCAUAUCCAGUCAUAGGUCGAUUUCCAAUAGUAUCAAUCCUGGUUUAUUUUGUUGUUUGGCUUUUGUGAUGUUUAUAUUUUUUUUUACAUGGCCUGGGUUUUUAGCCCUGUGCACAACCUUCUGGGGUAGGGGGUGGUAAGGGUGGGGGGCUGCCCCUUACAGCUCUCUAGGUAGCUGUCUUAAUUUUCGGGUAAGGUUUCCUAGCCUUUGUGAAUCCAUUUAUUUUUUACAAGGCAGUAGGUUCUGAUUUUUGUUCACCCGGGGUAUUUUAUUUACCCAGUAACGCCAUAUCUGUUGGACUUUCCCAUAUCCGCUACCUUGGGAGGCUGUCAAUGGACGAUCAGUAUCUGUGCACAAUACUGGUCAAAACUCCCUUUUAAAAUUGCAUUUUGGUUAACAAUAUCAUCAAGUCUUUCAUAAAUACAGCCUGCAAGAAUUCAAACUAUCGUAGAUACUCAAUCUACAGCCUCAUGAACCAUCUCUCCUAGUUUUUGACAGAAAAGUGUAUAACCUACUCAUAAGUUAAGGCGUUUUCAUAAAAUGGAGACCAUUGUAAGCAAUAUGGUACCAAAGAAUAUUUAGGAUGAAAUAUUAAGUCAAGCCUUGUGUUUCUUAUAAUCAACUAUUAUCCACUAUCGUUAUGUUAUUUGAACUGUGGCGCCAGCCAUGUACUUCCUUGUCUGUUUUAUUAAUAUUUAAAGCUUCUAGUUCUAGUAACAUAUUUGAAUCUUGUAGGAUGUAAAGUGGACUAUGACCUCUGUGAUCUACAAUAAUAAUUUCAUUAUUCAAUGUACUUGAGAAAAUUUAAAAAAAAACCUCGACCCGCUCAUAAGCCAUCCCACAAAAAAUGUCGGCUUUAGAAAUAGAAUAUACAGUAAUAGUCAUGCUUUGGUUAUUUUAAAGUUGUAAAACUAUAAGCAGAAUGAAAAGAUUAUGGUAUUUUUAAUUACUGUAUGAAUUUAUUAAAUUUUAGGCUUACAUUAGCAACACUUUUGUUAGUUACCAUGAUUAAAAUGGGCUAUAUAUUUUUAAUAAAACCAUCACUGUUGGCUUUCAUUUUGUUUCAUUUUAUAUUUUUCUUAUAUUGUACUUACAAUUUUAUAGAAUUUGCUGUUUCCUAAAAUGAUAUACACCUUUAUUCAGCUAGCAAACAAAUCUUUGAUGGGCAGUGGGGAGAAUAGGUGGCAUGACAAAUCUUUGUCUAGUGGUGUCUAUGAAAAUGGAUUGUUUGUUUCAAAUGCAGAUGUAAGUGGUUCUUAACUAGAUAAAAGAAAUAGAUCGGUUUUAAUAUGAAAUGAUUUUUUUGUAGACGCUUUUGAUAUUUAAAACUUCAAGCAACUGCCUUUCAGAUUGAGAAUAAAUGAAAAGAAGCACUAUUUUGUGAAGCUAAAUGGUUUGCAUCUUAGCAUGGAUUUCUUUUCCCUUGCAUGCAUGAAACUUAACUGAAAUUUCAGAAGAAAACAUGAAUUUGUUUUUGUUUAAUAGAAAGAGGCUUACAAUAAAGCGCAAACUGUUCAAAGUGCCAUUGAAAACCAAAUAAGUUGUAAUAGAAUUUAUUUACAAAUUUAAAUGUUUAUCUAUUUGUUUUUAAUUCUAGUCAAUGAUAAAUUUUCAGCACACUCCUGCAGAAGGUAUUAUGCUGGUUCAAGUGACAAGCUAUGUGCAUUUAAAGCUUUUAGAAUGCCAAGGAAAAUGGCAGGUAAUUAGUUGUGUAAAUUAUGUAAAACCGUUAGCAAUAACUUUAGGAGUUAACAUUGUUUAAUAGUAUUAAAUCAGCAGCAUUUGAAUUAUAUCUUACAGACUUAUAGAUGUAUUAGAAACAUGUAAUCUUUUGUUCUAACAGGGUAAUAACCAAAUCAGACCAUUAGAAAAACCUGAACUGAUCGAGUUUAUUCUUGAUGAUAGCCUUAGAAAUGAUGUUGAGGUUGCUAGGAAAAACUAUGCUGCUUUGGUAAGUCAUUAGUUACUCCUAAGUACAUGAAAAAUAGACCUACAGCUUGCUUAAAAAAAAUAAUAAUUAAAUUAGAUAAUCCACUUCCUGUACUAUUUAUUAAAGUUGUGUAAUAAGAGUCAAAUUUUCUCUUUUUUUUUUUUUAUUUUAACAACGAUAACUUUCUAUUGAUUUUUUUUCUUUUCUUUUUAGAGCCAAGUAGCAACUGUUGAAAUAAGAGCUUAUACAAAGUAUGGGAAAAAAUACUGCAAAGGAAAGAAUAUACAUCCAGAUGCACUCUGCCAACUUGCUAUGCAAUUAGCUUAUUAUAGAACUUAUGGAAAGUAAGUGAGGCUAAACCUCACUGUAACUGAGGGCCUUUAUCAGCAUAACAACAAAUGUAUAUGGAAAAAAUAUUAAUCCCUAAUCAUAUGAUUCUUAAACACAUACUGAAUUAUGGAUAAGUAUAAAUGGUGGAUGUGAAAAAGAUAUAUAAAUACUAUUUUGAUAUGUAAUGUAAGUCUUUGUGGAGUGCAAAAAGUAUUUUCUAUGAUGAUAUAAAAUUACCUCUUAUGAAAUAUAAUCAAAUACAUUCCUGCUUUUUUUGAAAAAAAGAAUGGCCCCAACUUAUGAAACGGCUCCUAUCAAACAGUUUUACCAUGGACGUACAGAAACUAUGAGAACAUGUACAAAAGAAGCUCAAACUUGGUGCAAGGCUAUGAUGGAUCCCACUGUGAAGGUAGAUUUCUAAGCAUCUUACCACCAUAGCCAAAAUAGUUUAACUAUAUAAUACUUUCAACUGAGAACUAAAAUUUCUAAACAUAAAUACAAACAGUUCUGGAUUUACCAAACUCAACUAUAACGAACAUCACAGUUUAAAGAUUUUAUUAAUAUAUAAUUUUGUUAAAAUUUUAAUUAAAAUUAACUAAUUACUAUUGUAUCUUGUUUUCUCUUAAUAAAAUAUUGAAUUGUAAACGCAAAUAGUGCAUAUUGAGGUGGUUUGGGGAAAAACUAGCAAAACAUACAUUGAACGACUUCUACUAGGAACAUAACUUGUUCAUUAAUUUAGAACUGCCUGUUUGUCAUUUUUUCAAUAUGAUGAAUACCGGCACCAAUUAAAAUGUAUGGCUUUCUUUUAAAUUCGUAAAAUUGAAAAUUCUGGCAGUAAAUUUUGUCUCCUUUUUUAUUUUCAGAAUUCUGAGCGUUGCAAGCUCUUUUUAUCAGCAUUAAAGAAGCAUAAUAAUGAUUUUUCUGAUGCUUGUGAAUUUAAAGGUAAUUAUUGCAAGACAGUUUUUUUGAAACUUCAAAAUGAUUAUAAUCAUAUUAAUUCUAAAAAAAUCUGGAAAACGGCUUAUUUAUGAUGUUAAGAGUUCUUUGAAGUAUGCAUUUAAUUAUUUCCUAUAACUUUAACAAGCAUAGUGCAUGUUACUUAUUAUUUGAAACAUUUUGUUACAUGUUUUAUGUAUGUAAAUUAUUUAAAAUUAAUUAUGGUUUAAAAAUGUUAAAAAAAUAUCAAAUUAAUAUUACAAUGUCCAGUCAGCUCAUUUGCAUCCUUUUUUUAAAACUGUAUUUAUUUAUGUGCACAAUAAUUCAUGAAUACCUACUAAUAGUUAAAAUUUUUUAAUGCCAUUUAAUAAUUUUAUGAUGAAAAUGAACACUAAUCACUUUAAGCUUGUGACCGCCAUUUGCUGGCAUUAUACCUUGUGGCCCAAGAAGAAGGCAGACCAGUUCCAUUGUUGUAUCAGGAUCCAUCCUAUAGCAAGAGGUAAUAAAACUUUCAAACAUGGAAAUCUAGCUACGGUACAGGAAAUCUUUAAUAAAAUCAGUUUUUCAGAUUUAGAAAUUCAAGUUAUUUCCAAAUAAAUUUUUCUCUAAGGAAGACCAAACUGUUAGCUUUGUGAUGUAUAUAUAUAUAUUUAGAAAAGACAUUAAAAAAAAAUUGAUACAUAUGACUUUAUUAAUCUCUAUGUUUUUAAAAACUACUACCAAUAAAUUCAACUUUUUACAGUGGUGGUGGUGGCAAUUUUAUAUUAUCUACCAGCUGUAUAGGAUUUACAUCAGUGAUUGGUGGUGUCAUGCCCAUGUGUGAGAAUGGUAUUGGUGCUUUUUAUCGCAUUAAUGAUGAGAGGUAAGCAGAUUGUUGUCUCGCCAUAAAGUCUUGCCAUAGUGGUUGAAUGAUGGACAUUUAAUUUUGAAGUGAACACAAAAUUUGACACUAAUAAAUUAUUUAAUAAAUUUAACUAAAAAAUACAACUUAUUUGAUCACAAAUAAAACAUGAUAUAUAAAGAAUUUGACUGACCAUUUACAAAUUUGUGUGAGAAAAUCUAUCUAGUUACUCAUUUUAUAUUACAGGUUGUCAUUUUUUGUUUCGACAUGGAAUGCUGACAAAAAUACAAAUAGUUUUGGAUUUGCAGAUGCAAUAUGCAAUUCUCUGGACUCAUUGAAAGUUUUAUUGGAUGAAGAAAGUGCUACAGUAGUUUCAAGAUUGUGAUAUGUCAUUAUAAUUUUUCUGUAGUACUGGAUUUUUAAAAAAAUACUAUGCCUUAAUUAUUACAAGAUCACUGUUUUAAAACAAAAAUUUACCAUAACAUUUUUUGUUUCAUGAUUUUAUUUUCUAGAAAGUAUUUAAGAAUUGUUCUUAGCUACUUCCAAGAUAAAUCUGGUUAAUUGCACUUUCAACCCAGGGAUAAAGGUUCUUCUUCUUUAUAUUAAGGGCCCACGAUCAUUCUGGCUCCUAUGCAUGUAGAGGGGUUUUGCUAUGUUUCUGUGCCUGGUGUUGGCGAGGAUAUUUCACUGGUGGCUACUUAGUGAUGGUAUCAUGCACUGGGGGUUGGAAGGCCAGAGACAAUAGAUGCAAAUGUGACAAGUGUUGUCGCCUCAACUGUUCCUUUUGGAAGGUUAAACUUCAUAAUUUCUUUAGUGCAUAGGCAGUUUAAUCAUAUAGAAAUCUUAACCAUUUUCUCCAAAUGAAUUUGCAAUGUGAUUUCUGGAAUACCACAAGUGUUUUUUAAUUUUUAAAAACAUGCAUUUUGAAUAACAUUUUAUAAAUUGAGGUCAACAAAGGUAAAGGUCUUGGGGCCUCUUUAUGAAUACACAUUGCUAAAAAUGUAUUUCUUUGUGAAUUAAAUACAUGUACACAAUCCCCGAAAUUUUUUUCCGUUAAUUUGAAUAAGUUCAGUUGUUACCAGUUCACCAAGAACUGUUAAGGAUGUAUUUCAAAGCAUUCACCAAUCAAAUCACAGACCUGGGCUUACUAAGACCAAGACACUAAUUAUACAGAAAAUAUUAAGUGUUUUUUUAACCCUUAACUAGCAUUCAUUUUCUUUUACUGUAUGUCAUUGAUUAAUUUUAUAAAAUGUUCAUAAACUAAAUGAACGUUAUAUAUGUCAUGAGCAGUAACUUAUAUAUCCAAAUGCUUAUGUGCCACUACCGUGCCUCUUAUGAUUGUCUUUGCCUAUUUUCAAAAGUCUGAAUUUUAGGCAUAAAAAAUACACUUUCGCAGAAUGGCAAUUCAGAAUGCUAUAACAAGCAUCUCAGUAAGUGUAAGCUCUAAUAAGAUAAAAUCUAAAGAUGGCAGUAUAAGUUUUACUGCUGCAUUUGAAUAACCUUCACAGUUGUCCCUACCAAAGAACAUAGGAGAUAUAAAAAAUAAUAUAUUUAUUAAUGCAGUGCAAGUUAGCAAAUAAAUUAAUAACCAUUUGAUUAUUUUUUUUUGUUGUAAUCUGUGUGGUAUCUCCAUUUGAAGCAUCCGUGAUAUAGAUUUUUAGGAUUUGUGAAAGGUCAUGUUAAUAUUAAUAUACUUUUUAAGUCCACUUCUGUGCAUAAAUGUGAUGGCUUUUUUUAAAAAGAAAAGCCAUAUGACAUAAGAACACCUAAUAUUGUACAAUUUUGAAAAUUCUUGUUCCAAUUAAUUUCCUAGUACCACAUCCCAAAUCAAUGUGUUUAUCAAAUGGUGUCUAACUUAACAUCGUGUAAUCAGUCAAUCAAAAUUUCAAUGAGUAGCCUAAACUGGGAUUUUAAAUUUUCUUGUAAUUAUUCUUCACCAACAAUUUUUACAAAUAAUAAUGUUAGCCCAUACAACAUUUGAGGUUUGAGAAAUUAAAAAAAAAAUCUCUAAAGAUACCUUAAUGUUAAUAUUCUAUGACCAAGGAGUUAUUUUUAUUUUUGUCCAUUUCUUAAAUUAUUUUCAAAACUGCUGAAAUUUGAUUAAAAACUAAUUUGUCUUGAAAAAAAAAAUUAUGUUUCCCUAAUUAUUUAGCUAUCUUUUCUUUUUAAAGGGUGAUUACAGUAAAAUUAUAUUGGAUUUUUAAUUACUUACAUUAAAAAAUAAAUUGCCAUUAUGUAAUUUAUUGUCAUCUUAACAUAAUCAUUUAGAAUGAAUUUCAAUGUAUGUACCUGUAUUAUUGAAGUCAUUUCAAAAAUAAAGUUUAACUGAAAAUGAAAGUUUUUUAAAAAUGCUAUUAAAAAUUUCCAAAUGUAUAAAAAUAUGUCUGCAUUCUAAGUCAUGAUUAUAAUAAUUUUGAGUCAGAAUUGUUAAAAAAGUUUUACAAUUCUUAAAAAAGGAAAUGGCACAACUAGUACUACCAGUCUAUGAAUGAUUAUGAUAAAUAACUAAUAUUAUUAUACAAGAACUUUGUUUUUAUAUCUUGAUGAGUCAGAUUCAAAACCUUUUGUUUGUUUUUUUUUUCUUCUUGUUUCAUUCUUCAUUCUCAUCAAAAUAUGAUACUUAAAACAUAAUGUUUGUUGGACAGAUUUUGAUUAAUCUAAGCAAUUGAAGAUGUUAUAUAAUAUAUCUAUAUAUUUUUUGUUUGAUGUGUUAAAAAUCUAGUUUUUAAUUUGUAAAAUUAUUAUGAUUUGAUUUUAAAUCCUUAGUCUUUUUUGCAUAUUAAUAUUUCUAUGUUUUGUAUUUAAUUUUAAAUGUAUUUUUAUUUGAACCAUUUUUUUCACUAUCAUCAUUUAUAUUAAAGAAAUAACAUACUGAUAAACCUUAAUAAAUGGCGAAAUUCCCACUAUUAGGAGAUCUGCUUUUUAAUAAAAGAAUUUGUAUUCACAGGUUAACAACAUGUGGGGUAUGCGUGUACUGGGUUAACUGGGGAAUACACAUUUUCAAUUAAAAAUAUCUUUUUAAAUAUAUGAAAUAUUAGGUGCAUUUUUUGUUUUAAGACCGAUUAAAAUAUACUGUCUCUAUUAUAAUUUUUGUCAGUUUUUGUAUAACUUGAAAACAAAAUUUAAAGAUGUACUGUUUUUAUUACAAACAUUUUUAAUCAGUGUACCUAUUAACAUAAUUGACUAAAUGGAGCAGUUUACAAUUAUGUUAUAAAAACAGACCCCUAAUUAAUGAUGGGAAACAUGUAUACUUAAUUGUAAAAUAAAAGAUAUAUCUCUGUGUUAUUGUUUCAAUCAAAUCAUUUCUAAGGAUUAUUAGAAAAAGAAAUAACACUUGAAAAAUCACAAAGCUGUUUUGUAUCCUAUAAAAAAUGUUUCAUCUUUUUCCAAGAUGAUUCAAAUGUUAUUUAUUUAUGUCUGUUAAUUUUAUAUGGAAACAAAGACAAAUAAAGUGCUUGCAAAAUUACAAUUUUUUCAAACUGAUCUUAUGGUUUUUGUAAAAUCUAGUGUAAGGAGUUAAAAAAAAAAAUUCACACAAAAUGUGUAAUUUUCUUUUUCCACUGUCAAAACACAUCAAUUAAAAUUUUUUAAUGAUCAAUUAUAAAUUAGUUUUGAACUCACAAUAAAUGAUGGUGAUUAAGAGGUGGAUGGUUGAAUUAAGUCCCCAUGCAUGAUUAUUUUUAAAUUAUUGCAGAGAAUUUAAGUAAAAAAAUAAAAUUAUGAUCACAAAACAUCAUAAGGCAAAGCUUAUUUUUCAUCCAGAAAGUCAACUAGAUUAUUUCCAUAACCUCUUUAUUUCAGCUAAAUGUAUUGCACAUAGAUAAGAACAUAUUUAAAUUAUACAAAGGAAUUCUUAUAAAUUAAAGAUAAACUACAUAACUUUAAAGAUUUACUUUUGCUGCACAUAAUUUUCUUAAUUGUUUUGCAAAUCUAACAAAUUAUAUAAUUAAGAAUAUAGCUUUUUACCACAAAGCUGUGAAACAAUUUUUGGGUAACAUCUUUGAGAUCUUAAGGGCUAACGAUGAUCUAAGCAUAAUUCAAGGAUUCAGUUGUCAAACAUCAACUUCUAAGUCUCAGAUUCUAGUAGGUCAGUUGUAACCAGAGAGUUAAAAUGCAAAAUGUUCAGAAUAACACUAAUGAAUUUAGGGAAAUUAAAAUUAAUGUUUUAAAAUAUUCUAAAAUUGCAGCUUUUUUUUUUAGUCCAUUGGGUGCAAUAUACCACAACUUGAGAUAACUGAAACAAGUUACGAAAAAAAGUAGGAAAACAAUGAAAUGUCAAGUAGCGAUUAAUGCAGAUAAAACCCCUAGUAAAAUUGCACCUUUAAUAUUGUUUUUACAUCAAAUAAUUUAUCAAUGGACUUGAAGUUAAAGUGUGAAAUUAGAUUUUAUACCAUUCCUCUUAAAAUAAAUGAUUACUAAAGAAAUUGUUCAGAUUGAUUCAUUUCUUGGCCUGGGCUUGAAUUUCCAGUUCAGUUAAAGUUUCAUCCCAGAGAACAAACUGUUUGGAAAGAAGAGUUACCUAGGAUAUUUAAGGAUAACAAGAAUUUUAAAUUAAUUGUUUUGAUUAAAAAACAAUUUUAUAAUAAUAUUUUGAAUUGUUUAACUUCCAACAUAUAUUAUUUUGGGGUUUAUUAAGAAAAUAAUAAGAUUUUUACAAUUUAUUAUAAUUGGUUAAAUUAAAUUCUUAAAGGAUUCAACUUCAUUAUAGGGCACUCAACAAUUUCCGAGUUUCAUUUGAUUAUUAUUUAUUAUAAUUAGUUAAAUUAAAUUCUUAAAGGAUACAACAUCAUUAUAGGCACUCAACAAUUUCCGAGUUUCAUCUGUUAUUUGGGCCACUUCAU